AUGGCGAAACCACAGCCCCCAAAUCGCAACUUGACUCCCCUAGCAGAAGCAAUCCAAGUCUUCCCCGUCCCAGGAAACAACUCCCUCUUCACCGCAACGAUAGCCUGGGACUGGUGUGGAGCCUGGGCAGCACACGGCGGCUACCUCCUCGCCCUCCUCCACUACACCGCAAAGUCAUACAGCCUCCUCACAAACCCCUCCAGCCCACACCCGCAUGUUCUAAACUCACACAUCCAAUUUCUGCACCCGGUUCCUCCAUCUUCCUCUAUCCGUCUCACAGUUCGCCCUCUGAAUAUCAGCUCUCGCAUCUCAGUCCUUCAAAUCGAACUACAAACCUCCUCCUCUUCCUCUUCACCCACAUCCGCAGAACCCCCCAUCUGGAAAACCCACACCACCAGCAUCCUAACUAGCACCAACCUCACCCUCCCUCUCUCAAAAAAUCUCAACCUCACCUUUCCCACCCGCCCAUCCAUCCCGCUGUCCCAAAUCCCCAACCGAGAAACUGACUGCGAGGAACUAACCCACCCAGCGUUCUUCUCAAACGUAGCGCCUUGUAUCUUGAAGUUUACAGGGUGGGUAGUGAAGGGCUCGUAUGGAGUGGAUUUGAGGCUGAGUGAUAGGUUUGGGAGGUGUACGAAGGAUAUUUGGUAUAGGAGGGGGGAUGGGGAGGACUGGGAUUUGGAGAGUUUGGGGGUUUUGUGUGAUUUUAUCGACGGCGCCCCCGCAAAUUGGAGUCCCCAUCGCAAAGACCUGCAAGUCGGAGUUCGUUUCCCAACCCUAUGCAUGACCUCAGAAAUCAAGAAAGACCCCAAAGGUCUCAAAUGGGUGUUCAUGCGUGCGAGGUCAUUAAAAAUCGAGAACGGGAGGUUUGACUCCCUGGUGUAUAUUUGUGAUGAGCAGGGUGAUUUGCUGGCUUUCUCUAAACAUGUCUCGCUUAUCAUAGAGGGGAAAUAUCUGACGGAGCAUUCGGAGGAGGUGGGCAGGGUGUUUAAAUUGUGA